UUGACAAGAUAUGCUCUAUUUGAAGAUAAAAAUAGAAUUAGUCAAUAUACAAAGAAAAAAAGUUACGAUUUUUUCACGCUUUUCAAUAAUUUAAAAUGGAAGCUAGAAACAAUAAUGAAAAUUCUCUCUGGGUGUUCGGAUAUGGAUCUUUGUGCUGGCAUCCAGGUUUCAAAUAUAAAAAAAGCGCGGUAGGACACAUCAAAGGAUUCAUUAGAAGAUUUUGGCAAGGAAAUACAACGCAUCGGGGAACAAUAGAAAAGCCUGGACGUGUAGCUACAUUGGUUGAGGAAAAAGAGGGUGUUGUUUACGGUCGAGCAUUUCAAGUUCAAGACAGUACAGCGUUACCUUAUUUGGAAAAUCGCGAAUGUACUUUAGGAGGAUAUAUGACAACAAUUACAACAUUUUAUAGUCGUGAAGGAAACAGAAACUUUCCAGUCAUCAUUUACAUUGCUACCAAUAAAAACGAACACUGGCUUGGUGAUGCACCGCUUCAAAAUAUAGCAAAACAAAUCUUCGAAUGUUCAGGUCCAAAUGGGCACAAUGUCGAAUAUCUUUUACGAUUAGCAGAGUUUAUGCACCGUUAUCUACCAGAAGCUCAUGACGAACAUUUGUUCACUUUGGAAAUAUUAGUGCGUUCAAAGAUAAAGGAAAUGAAUAUAUGUCUGAAUACGUUAAUGGGUGACCGAAAUUUCAAUAUUGAUAUCGAGGACAUCGAUGUGAAGGAUGACGACAAUGACUUAGUCACCAAUAACGCUACUGGCAAUCUCAGGAAAAAUUCCUUCCAAUUUACUCUUCAAGUACCUGAUAAGACUAUGCGUUGUCUCAAAAUGUAGUUUACAUUUGUUAAUGCUUCAAUAUUUGCAUUUUUGCAGAAUUUAAAGAGGCAAACGAUAGAUAGUUAAAGAAAAUAGGAUAAAUAAAUCAUAAAUAUUCUUUAUAAAUAUUUAUAUUAAAACGUUCGUAUUUUUCGAGAAUAAUUCGUACAAUAUUUGUUCUCAAAUAAUAUACGAAUUAAAUCUGAAUGUAAUACAAAUGUAUUUUAAGAAUAAUGAAAGCCAUGUUUUGGCAGCUUCGUAUUAUAAAAUAUAUUUGCAUGUUAAAAUGUCGCACUUUUAUUUUUAAAUGUGUUGGACAUUAUUUCAAAUGAUAUUUUUUAAAAAAAAGUUGUGCCUUAAUUUAUUAUAAUUGAGCAUAAUUGUAUGUAUUACAAGUGUUCCUUUCUAUAAUUUUCUAAAUUGUAAGUUAACAAAUUUUGUAUAUUGACAUGCAAAAUAUAGUAAUUUAUAAAAGA